AUGGCAGAAGAAGAAGGACCACCGCCUGGUUGGCAAUCCCUCCCUCCAGAACCAUCUGGACCACCACCUGGGUGGCAAUCCAUCCCUCCAGAGCCAUCUUUACCGCCGCCUCCAACACCACCUCCGCCGCCUUCAGGUGAGCCCCACCAUACGUACACAUAUUUCUACUUUCAACCUUCGGCAAUAAUAUAUCUUCCAAUUGAAUCUAAAAUCAUCCCAAAAUCUAAAUGGGUCAAAUGGUUUGUGGGUCUUGCCGACGACUGCUUUCGUAUCCAAAAGGAGUCAGACAUGUACAGUGCCAAUGCUGUCAAAUGGUCAACUUUGUAUUGGAAGGUUCAGUGCAAAACAGGCGACCGCCAUGAAAAUUUAUUGGAAGUGCUAGAAGUUACUUUCAAAUCAACAAACAUUGAUCUAGCUGUGAGAUCUUUACCUGUUGCUCCAAAUCGGCAAAGAUUUCAUCACGGUGAUGCAUUCUUACUGGUCGCCAUGGUAGACAAUCUUAGCCGAACGGUUGAGGCAUUUUGGUGGUAG